CGCUGGAAGGUGAAUGCUGAGGAGAACUCCAUUUCGAUUAUGCUACAGGAUGAGAAACACAAAAUAUCUCGUAAAUCUCGCGAGCUUGAUAUCAUGAUUCUCGGGUGACACAUGACCUCAGCUUGCAGGACUCACCGGAUUAUCAAUUUACCCCGCCACGAAUGUGCGUAAACCCCGCAGGUGAUGAGUGUCUGUUUAGUGACUGGUCCAAGAGCAUCAUGGUAAGCGAUUUAGUGGAUUUCCAGGUCGGAGCGGCCGGGCUCGGAAUCGGCGCAUUUGGUGGCCUGCUGGACGCCGUCACAGCCUGUGCAAGGAUAUAUGGACUAUGGAAAUCACUACGAGGUCUCGAUGGAUAUUUGGGUCUGCUGCGUACUAAGCUUAUACUCCAAGAGGCUUUGUUAGACCAGUGGCAGAGAGACUGGCUUGAUCAACCGGCCUCUAAGCGAAUCGACAUUCAGAAACAACGAAUUCUUCAGAGACACAAAGAUGCGGUUCUCGCCUCAUUAACAACAGUCAAAAUACUACUCGAGUCACUGGAACCACUUCGUGAGGCCUCGAGAUCAGAACUUGCACUCGAGCGCCUGAAGUUAGUGACCGGUGGGGCGGAAGAGCAUGAUAAGACGCUUGUGCAAAUAAGCGCAGUCCUCAGCGACUUGUAUCGCUUGCUACCGACUCGAGACCCAAAUAUUGCCCUUUCACAGACUGUUUUGUCGCUGGAGCAUAUCAGCAACAACCAGCAAGUACUAUUUCAAGACAGCGACUCGACUCAACAUGUGAUACAACCUGAUAAGCUCAAACGAGCUAUCAACUUUCGCCAACUGGGAUAUGACCUAGAUCAAGACCUGGAAAAACGAGUCGCGGCGUUUAAAAGCAGUACUGGUGAUGCUGAUCUCACUAUUCGCUCAGACAGAGUCAGAGUUUUGAAAGAUGAUGAUGUCGCUGGCGGAUUAAGAAGCCUUGGAACACUUGACUCAAAUACUCCGAUAGUGAUCGAGUGGAAGCGUUACGACAUUACCUGGAAAGGACAGAAAGGGAUCAGACUCAGAGGAAGAAUACAGAACAUUGCGCGGCUCUUGCACGCUGAUGCGAAACCCGAAGAACUCCUGACUCUCAACUGUCUAGGAGUGUUUGAUGACAUUGAAAAGAGUCGAUAUGGCCUGAUCUUUGGAUAUCCUCUAGGAACCAGUCAACAAACAGAUCUGGUAUCUCUACAAGCGUUGAUCAAAUCACCAACGCCUGAGAUUCUACCAACAUUGGGUGACCGAUAUCGUAUGGCUUAUACCCUGUCACUCUCACUGGCCGUCCUUCAUGCGGCGGGAUGGUUCCAUAAGAGCAUCAGAAGCCAUAAUGUCAUGAUUCCAGUGCGGCGCAACCAGCCCAUCUGGUCUCAGCCAUACCUCGUCGGAUUUGAUUUCUCCCGUCCAGAUUCAGCCGAUGAGACCACCGAAAAGCCCGAACAAAGCGUACGUUUCAAUCUUUAUCGUCAUCCUUCCGCACAGGGUAUUCCAGGGGAAUCAUACCGCAAAGGCUUCGACAUCUACAGUCUCGGCGUCGUGCUUCUCGAAAUUGGUCUAUGGCGUGUAGCAUGGAGCUUGCGUCGCGACGACGAAAACCCCGCCAAGUUCAAGGAAGUGCUGCUCAGCAAGGUAGACGACAGGCUAGCUCACUUCAUGGGGACAGAGUAUCAAGAGGCGGUAAGGAGCUGCCUGAACGGUGAUUUGGAUCAUGGGGAGGGAUCUGUGAUACGGGCUUUCUACAAUGAGGUUGCGGAAACUAUGUGCUCAUUGGCGGAGUCACAGCCAUUAUGAUUGCAGCAUCUCUUAUCUGCUAUAGUCUAAGAAUGAUGGUAUUGUACAGGACUUUUUGCACUUGUCUCAUUUUAGCUUGGUUUUAGGGACUUUGUUAGUGCUGUGUUGUAUCAUCAAAGCGUUUAGCUUGACGAAUCCCUGCAUGUCGUCCGAAAUCCUGACAGGGGCAAUCAGAGACCUCGGCAAUGAUGUCUCUAGCUACCCUGAAGACUCAGUGAACUCCAGUGCUUGAUUAAUGCCUCAGCUGGAGCUGGGGGAUACGGGUUGGCAUCUAUCGUGUGAAUAAUAUCAG